AUGGAAACACUGGCCCAGGCGGAGUAUGGCAAAAGCCCAAAGCCAAGACUGCAGGAAGGCCAAGCGGCAAGCGCGCAGAGCUUUCCUUACCAAAGCCACUUCAGCUACCACAUGCGGGGCAACUUUGACGCAGCAGAAAUCAUGUGGCAGGUUGGGGAAGGUGACUUGGGGUGGCCUCGACCAUGUUGGAGUCGGGAGGACGUAGACUACAAUGGUACUGCGGGCUGCUGGCAGGUCCACUGGUCAGAGGAGCAUGGGGCCUGGUUCUUUGUGCACGUGAUGUCCGGGCACUCGACGUGGGAUGCGCCAAAGUGCCUCGCAGAUUUGGGCUGGAGCUGGGCCUAUGGUACGGCCGCUGAGCCCCAGGUAGCGUGA